GUUCUUAAGAAAUUAAAUGACAAAUGUGAUAAACUUGACACUUGAUUCUAUAAAUAGGGAGAUAGACAGAAUAUAUAAUCUGUAAAAUUUAGAGAAGUAGUCAGACUUGAAAUGACAGUGAGUGACAGCGGAGACUGCAUUACUCUAUUUUUUAAUAAGUAGGGGAAAUAUUGAGUGCCAUCAGCUUGUCUGUUUUACCUGCAACAACCGAAUCCAUUUUUGUAUUUUGAGUUUUUUUUCUUUUUUCUUUUGUAUUGCAAUAUUCUUCAGCUUGGAGAUUCAACUACUACGACUACACCAUGGUAAGUCUUUUUUUCUAACAUAUCCAAUAUUGAUGUUUGUGCUGAAUGUUGUCAGCUUUCAACCUGCUGUGCCUCUACUGAAUCUGUUUUUCAAAAAUGUCCUUUAAGUUUACGGCUCCAAGUCAUGAGACCUUGGACUUCCUCUCUUGUUGUUCUCUCUCCUCUCCCAAGGUGCCCAAUUGUACGUUGAUAGAUGACGUGCUGGAGAGGUACUAUUUAUCACCAUCCUAUGCUAUUGAGUUCUGCAUUGGUUUCCCUGGCAACCUUUUGGUUGUACUAGGCUAUAUAUUUUGUUUGCCAGACUGGCGGAGCUGCAACAUUUACAUCUUCAACCUGGCAGUGUCUGACCUAAUCUUCCUCUGCACACUCCCACGCCUGUCCUACCUCUAUGCCAAUGAAUCAACAGAAACCAGUCCGUAUGCUUGCAUUAUCAACCGCUUUGUCCUGCAUGUCAAUCUUUACUCCUCCAUCCUCUUCAUGGUUUGGCUCUGCAUGGACCGCUUCCUGCUCAUAAAACACCCAACGCGGAACCAUUACCUGCUGAGGCCACAAACGGCCCUGAUUGUGACAGGGCUGAGCUGGCUGGCUGUCAAUAUGGAAGUUGCUCCAAUGAUAGCACUGAUGGUUCAGGACCUACAGAGUGGAAACUGGAGUCGCUGUAAAGAUUUUGCCAGCCUAAAAGGAGAUGUUGAUUCAUUAGGAUACAGUCUGGGGCUAACCUUGACUGGUUAUGUUCUUCCUCUGCUUGGACUUUGUGGUUUCUCCUACCAAAUUGCCCAUCUGCUCCAUGUCCAAGAAAGGGCUCUACAGCACAGGACGAAACCAUACAGACGGACUCUCAGGGUUGUUGCAUCAGCUGCAGCUAUGUUCCUGGUCCUCUACACUCCCUACCAUGUGCUGAGAAAUAUCAGAAUAGCAUCUCAACAGGCCUGGUCUGGAAUGGAUCUCUGCACACGGAUGUAUGUAGAGGGCCUGUACAUCUUGACCCGACCACUGGCCUUCUUGCAUAGUGUCAUCAACCCUGUCUUUUACUUCCUCAUGGGUGACAGGUUCAGAGAGCUUCUGGUUACUAAGCUCAGGAAGUUGGUUAGAAGGACAGAACAGUAAAGACAGUAAAGUACAUUCCAAAUAGCACAUCCACACGUGAAACAGCUGUCUUUACAUUUUGCUAAAAUGUUGUUGUAUGCGCGCCUUUGUUUUGUAAAGUAUAAUUGUGUUGUUGUUGUUUUUUAUUGUCAUUGAUUAUGGGACAACAAAUAAACUGCAAAACUGUCUGGUGUAGUAAAUGUUGAAUGACCUUUUUGGUGCCUAUUAAUGAUGUGGAUGUGUUUUGGUAGUGACCACAGAUGUUAUCAUUUAUGAUGAGGAAUAAAACAAAUGUGUCAUAAAGGCAAAGCUCCAUUACAUGUUGACAAAGUAUAGUAACUUGUAAAAUAAUAAUGUAAUUAAAGGUCAG